GACACACCGCAUCUUUUUAUUGAAGGAGUAUAUGCAUAUCGUGUCGCUUUAAAAUGGUCAGAGCGAGAAAUUAUUUAAACUGUAUAGUGUAAUAGUUAAGAUGUCCUGACUGAGGGAAUAUCUGGGUUUUAUUUCACAAGUGAGUAUUUAACAAGCUUUAUAAACCAGUCGGUGCAAAUAUUGCGAUUGUGAAAGAAAAUUUGAGGACAACGUGUUUUGAUUUCAUUCACAAAUGGAGAACUCACCUGUAGCUCACAGCUAAAUUCGAAUCUCAUCCCGACGAAACAUUUAGUAGGUAUUUGCAUACGCAAAUCAGCAUAGUGUACGACACAUCUCUAUGGAUUACAUAAAUUGACCUUUGUCUGAACAAAAUUAAGGGAUUGCUUAACCAGCCAGAACGGGAUUUAACGCAUACCAAUAAAUGAAUGCAAAUAAUGUUAAAACAUUCAGAAAUGGGAUAAUUUGGUGGUGAAAACGGUGUCUAGAUUGAUUGAGAAGAUUCAUAUUCAGAAGCAAUACUAGUUGUAUAGAGACUGCCGGGAUUAUCUUGUAAAAUUUCUAACCAAUAUCCGAAUAACAAUGGCAAUGACGAUUGGUUUUUUCAAGAUUACCAUUGUUAUGUUCUGUUGCGUGAUAAACAAUACGAACAUUGCAUCUGCCAAUUGUUCUUCGACACCAGUACAUCUGGCCAGGUUUGCACAGAAAAAUAAGACUCUAAACGGAUAUACAUAUCGGCAAGUUAGCCAUAUUCUCAACGUCCAUUUAUGCGCCGAGCAAUGUCUUCUCCAUCGAAUGUGCCGCUCAAUCAACUACAACCGUGACCUUGACCUUUGCGAUUUGAACUCUGAAGACCAUCUCAGCAAACCGCAGUCGUUGUCCCUAUCCGUGACGUCACACUACUAUAUCAUCGAUGGGUGGCCUGAGUUUUUCCUGGGUGGAUGCCAAAAUCACACGUGCUCUGAAACGCACGUGUGCGUGGUUCUAUUCCAAGGACUAAGCCCCACAUACACCUGUAUAAAAUAUGACCUUACCUCUACCACUCCAGUGGCAUAUACGAUUGGGUGUACCAAUGUAUUUCCGGCGAUAACAGAAGUGGUUGUCAAUUCCGUAACCGUGAGGUUUUCUCCUAUGGCCUGCGUGUAUUCGCCGGGAAUAACGCUUACAACAUUUCUCCACAGCUACCGGGACAGCACACUUGAUUGGUUCAAUUUCAGGCCGGUAAUAGAGGGCUGUGCAGGCCUGGCUCAUACCAGCUCGUUUAAAUAUUUUGGAAUCGAGUUUUUUGGGGAGUGCUGGGCAGAUACAGCUUUCGUAGAGGCGUCCCAUACUAAAAUACCUGCUGAUGAAUGUCACGCAAAAACUUAUCUUCAAGCAGGAAUUGCGAAUGUUAUUUGCGUGUAUGAAAUUUUGUAAUUUCUAAUGUUGAUUGCAAGGUCAAGAAGGUCAUUCAUAAUGGCACCACCAAUGUGUUACGUCAGUAGAAAAGGACAUUUUGAAGUCGGUUCGCAAAAAUUCCCAACGGCAAUGCUACAAUUUCUGUGGGUGGCCCCGCCUUCCCUGGUCAACAUCUUCAUAAAUGGAUCCUAUAUAUAGGUACACGCGCAGUGGUUGCUGGGACUGUCGUUUGUCAAUCAAUGUAUUAGCUCUACCACAAUUUGACACAGGCAUACGUUUAUUUUGUUGUCCGUUAUAAUAAUGCCAGUGCACCGUAAAUCACGUGAACAUUUAUCAUGUUACUUGUAAGCAGAUUAAAAUAAAUCAUUCUCAAACAAUA